UCUGUUACUAACAGCACUCUGGACCUUGCAGCUGGUCAACGGGGCUGUGGAUCUGAGGGUCAUUAAUGAGGAUUAGGGUUGUGCGGCCAGUUAAUGCGGCCGCAUAUCUUAUGGCUAGUUAAUGGGACCGGUAUGAAGAUGAUGUAGAUCAGGGAGAUCUUCCAAAGAAGCUGGGAAAAAAAACUGGGAAAUCCACAACGCACCCAUUUCCCAGCACCCUGAUCCAAGGACAAAGAGAGACUCUGGAAUAAUACAGCUCUUGAAUGACAUGCAGUGUGGAAGAGCCCAAGCAGCCUCUCCCUGUGAGCUCCAGACCUGUCCCUAACUGAGAUGUGACCUCUACACCUUCUGGUCACAGGUGGCUCUACCUGCUACACCCUCUUACACGCCUGCUCUUCCUGCUGCACCUUCUUACACACCUGCUCUACCUGCUACACCCUCGUAUACACCUGAUCUACCUGCUACACCCUCAGACACACCUGCUGUACUUGCCUCGCCCUUAUAUACACCUGCUCUCCCUGCUAUACCCUCUUACACACCUGCUGUACCUGCCACAUCCUCAAACACACCCACUGUACCUGCCACGCCCUCAAACACACCCACUGUACCUGCCACGCCCUCAUACCCCAACCCCAGCCACGGCUCCCCGCAGUAUGCUGGCCCUCAGGCCCCUCCUCCCUCGGGGCCCCACCCUGCUGCUGGGUCUGCUGGCCCUCUGGGGCCCCCUGCUGGCCGAGGGGCAGAACGACACGGAGCCCAUCGUGCUGGAGGGGAAGUGCCUGGUGGUGUGCGACUCCACGCCCUCGUCCGAGCCGACGGGGAACGCUCUGGGCAUGUCCGUGCGCUCCGGGACGGGCCGCGUGGCCUUCUCCGUCACCCGGCAGACCAAUCACGAGCCCACGGACAUGAGCAACCGCACCAUGAUCAUCUACUUCGACCAGAUCCUGGUGAAUGUGGGAAAUCACUUUGAUCAGGAGAGCAGUGUGUUCCUCGCACCGAGGAGAGGAGUGUACAGUUUCAACUUCCAUGUGGUCAAAGCAUAUAACAGACAAACAAUACAGGUCAGUCUGGUGCUCAACGGUUGGCCGGUGAUCUCGGCCUUCGCCGGGGACCAGGACGUGACCCGGGAGGCGGCGACCAACGCGGGGCUGGUAACCAUGGAGAGGGGGGACAAGGCCUACCUGAAGCUGGAGCGGGGGAACCUGAUGGGCGGUUGGAAGUACUCCACCUUCUCCGGCUUCCUGGUCUUCCCCUUAUAGAGAACGAGAGAACGAGAAAGAGAGAGAGCGAGAGAGAGAGAGAGAGAGCGGGAGAGAGUGAGUGAGAGAGAGAGCUAGAAAGAGAGAGAAAGAGCACAAGAGAGAGACCGAAACAGAUAUUGACUUCACUAAAUGCAGCUUUCAUUAUCUGAGCAGAGCCCAAAGUAAUCGAUGCUCAUCUUGAGAGAAUUACACCAGUAUCCACUGUGGCUGACCGUGAUCUGGUAGUUUUAUCUGUGUGUGUGGUCACUGCCUCUGCAUUGGCAUUGCUCAUUAGAGAGAGAGAGAAAGAGAGAGAGAGAGAGAGAGAGAGAGAGAGAGCUUGUGAGUGCAUGUGUGAGUAUGGCAUGUGUGAGUUUGGCCACAUGUGAGUGUUCAUGUUAGUGUUUGUGUGUGUUUUUAAGGUUAUGCCUUUGACAAGGUAUUCCUUGGAAUUUCAUGCGUUGGAUUGGGUCCAAUUACAUGCCAGGUUUGGUGUCUCAUCUUUUAAACAGAAAUAGUGACAUUCAGUGGUUAUUUGUGAAACUACCACGCUCAUCUUUACAGGACAAUAAAAUAUCAUGUGUAUAUUUCCAACAGCAUGAAUUUCUGAAGCUUCAGCUUCUAGUGUUACAUGGCCAAACAAAAUGAGUUCCGUAUAUUUAAAUAAUUAAUGAAAAUGCAAAGUAGCUUGUAUAAAUAUGCACUAAAUACAAAAGGAUUUUU